AUGGCGGCGUCGGCCCGCUGGCUGCUGUGCCUGUGCCUGGGCUGGGGCUGCCUGUGCCUGGCGCUGGGGGACGUGCUGCGGACUCGCUGGGUCGGGCUGCGGCGCCGGGCUGUCCCGGGAGCCGUGCGCGGCGGCCGGGCGAGAGCCGCGGCAGGUGACGACGGGCUGGGGCGGCGGCGGCCGGAGCGGCUGCAGGCGGGGGACAAGGUCUCCGAGCACAUGCUGCGGCUCUACGACCAGUACAGCGGCGGGCGGGCGGCGGCGCCGCGGCCCCAGGACCUGCCCGGGCUGCACCUCCGCCGGGGCAACACGGUGCGCGGCUUCCGCCCGCUGGCAGCAGGGAGCCCUGAAAGCCAGGAGAUGCACAUUUUUAACUUGACAUCGCUUACCAAGUCUGAAAAUGUUUUGUCAGCCUCGGUGUAUUAUUAUAUCGGUGAUCUGCUGCAGGCGAAGCGGAACUGUUCCCAAUCCAGAGGCUGUUCUCGUGACGGGCACAGGAAACCUGAAAUUCAGAUACGUCUUUCAGUUCGGAGCUUUCCUUCUGUUGGGAACCAGACUCGGAGCCUGGGACAUUUCUUAAUAAAUGUCUCCACGGCUUACCAGGAUGUCCUUCCCUGGCAGUGGAAAGAUAUCACUCAGCUCCUGUAUGAAGCAAAACAAAACAAUGAACUCCUGAUCGGCGUCAAAAUGGAUCUGAGCAGCCAUGACCCCUGGAAAAGGGCACCCUCUCGCUAUGAACCCUACAUUCUGAUUUAUGCCAACGAUUCUGCUAUUUCAGAGCCAGAGAGUGUUGUCUCUAGUUUGCAAGGGCACCGUCAUCCUCUGGCAAGGGUCUUUCCCAGGCCGGAAAACCACGUGAGGAGCAGUCUCGGGAAGCGGCGGCGAAAACGCUCAGCAAAUGUCCUCUUGCCGUUGCAGAAUAAUGAGCUUCCGGGAGCCGAGUACCAGUACAAUGAGGCUGAGAGAUGGGAAGACAGAAAACCCUACAAAACCUUCCAGCCACGGUUAGCAGAUAGGGCAAAGAUUAAAAAAAAGCAGAGGAAGAAUCAUCACCAGAAGAGCCAGACUCUCCAGUUCGAUGAGCAGACGCUGAAGAAGGCAAGGAGGAAGCAGUGGAAUGAGCCAAGGUAUUGUGCCCGGCGCUAUCUCAAGGUGGAUUUUGCAGACAUUGGCUGGAGCGAGUGGAUUAUUUCCCCUAAAUCCUUCGAUGCCUAUUAUUGCUCAGGGGAAUGCCAAUUCCCAAUUCCAAAGGCCUUGAAGCCAUCCAACCAUGCCACCAUCCAGAGCAUAGUGAGAGCUGUCGGGGUCGUCCCGGGCAUUCCCGAGCCUUGCUGCGUUCCUGACAAAAUGUCUUCUCUUAGUAUUUUAUUCUUUGACGAAAAUAAAAAUGUGGUUCUUAAGGUGUACCCCAACAUGACAGUGGAAUCCUGUGCGUGCAGAUAA